AUGGCUUCCUUAUCGAAGCGGCAAGCAACGGAUUCGGCGAUCGCAACUGGAACAUCCCAUGAACUUGUCAAUCGCCUCAAUCAAAGCAAAUCACCAUAUGUUCGCGGACACAUGAAUAACCCUGUUGCGUGGCAAAUAUGGGAUGCAGAAGCAAUUGCUUUGGCUAAGAAACUCAACCGCAUGGUAUUCCUAAGUAUUGGGUAUUCUGCGUGUCACUGGUGUCAUGUUAUGGAGAAAGAGUCGUUCAUGUCUCCUGAGGUUGCGGCUAUACUGAACAAGGCAUUUAUCCCUAUAAAACUCGACCGAGAAGAACGACCAGAUAUCGAUGAUGUAUACAUGAACUAUGUACAGGCCACAACAGGCUCUGGCGGAUGGCCGUUAAACGUAUUCCUCACGCCGGAUCUAGAACCGGUCUUUGGAGGCACAUACUGGCCAGGCCCGCAUUCCAGUGCGUCCUCCACACUUGGCGGAGAGGGGCAGGUCACCUUUAUCGAGAUUUUAGAAAAACUACGAGACGUGUGGCAAACGCAACAAUUGAGGUGUUGCGAAAGUGCAAAAGAUAUUACGAGGCAGCUCCAGGAGUUUGCGGAGGAAGGAGGAGAUUUGGAAGUUGAGCUGUUGGAAGAGGCAUAUAAACAUUUUGCUUCGCGUUAUGAUCCUGUCAAUGGAGGAUUCUCACGGGCUCCUAAAUUCCCUACUCCGGGCUAA